CACUUUAUUUUGGCCAGCAUGAGCAGUUUGACCGAUGCCCAGAUAGAAGAGAUCCGGGAAGCUUUCCACCUGUAUGACACGGAAAGGUCAGGAUUUGUGACCAUCAGGCAGCUCGGAGGAGUUAUGCGGGCCCUUGGCGAGAUCCUUACCGAAGCGGAGAUAUAUAACCUGGCCAAUGAAACUGAUUUGGACUUUGGUGGCCAAGUACAAUUCAAGGACUUCCUAUAUGUUAUGUCUAAGCGGCUGGAGGAGCAAAACAGUCUUGUGUCCUUAAAGCAGGCUUUUAAGAUCUUCGAUCGCAACGAAGUGAACAGUUUUACGAUUUUGGAUAUUAGAGCGGUGAUGACCAAUCUGGGCGAAAAGAUGUCUGACAGUGAUCUGCAAGAGAUGUUCCAGGACAUUGAUAUGGAUAAAGAUGGAAAGAUAUCCUUUAAUGAGUUUGUUGCUGCCAUGCGAAGCUGAAUGAGAAAUUCCAAAUUGAAAGCAUUAAAUAAACACGAAC